AUUCUCCAACACAUAUAUAUAAUUCUCACAACACAACAUAUAUACCAAAAAAAUAAAAAUGCCAAAGAAAAUGAAAAUCAUCCCUUCAUUCUUCAAGAAUUACAAACAAUGCCCCUCACCAUGCACCCACCCCAAAACCCUCUCCUUCCGGGGGCACGACGCCCGCUGCGACGAUGAUCUCUCCCCGGCGACCGAAGACGAGGCGUCUCCGCAGCCGGCGAGGCUGUCGGAGCGGCUGUUCUUCGAGCCGGAGGAGACGAGCUCGAUCGUGCCGCGGCCUCCACGGCCGCGGCCGUUCAAGGGCAGCGUGGCGAUGGCGGUGGAAUCGGAGGAUCCAUACGUGGACUUCAAGAGGUCGAUGGAGGAGAUGGUGGAGAGCCAGGGAUUGUUCAAGGAUUGGGAUUGUUUGGAGGAGCUGCUGCUGUGGUAUUUGAGGAUGAAUGGGAAGAUGAAUCACGGCUUCAUCGUCGGCGCGUUCGUGGAUUUGCUGGUGGGGUUUGCGGCGGUGGAAUCGAAGAAGAUGACGGCGACGGCGGCGUCUGCGGCGUCGGAUUCGACGAGUGCUACGAUGUAUUCGUCUGCGUCUUCUUCUUUCUCUUCUCCCUAUUCUUCGCCUCUCUCUCAUCAUGAUCAGUUGUAGUAGGUGAUGAGAGAGAGAGAGAGAGGUGUUGUUGCAUGGUUUUUGUGUGUGAUAAUAUUCAAUCCCUUUUGGUUUGUACAGUGUAGGUUGAAACAUAAUCUCUCUCUCUCUCUCAUGUAUAGAAUGGAUUAGAAGAUGUAAUUGAUCAUGCCAAUUGAGUUUUUAGAUGUUUUAAUUUGUUUGGUUUCAGGCCAUUA